GUCACAUCGCAUCUGGCAAUCCCAGUCUAUUUACGUGACAAUGUUUUUUGUUACUCCGAGGAAAGUGCCUGUAAAAAUGUGAUUUUCUCCUGAUUUCGCGUGUUUUUCCUCUUUAUUUUCUUUCAUUUUGAGUUCAAUUUGAUUUUAUGCACGUGCAGAGAGUGCAGUCUUAAUGAUACCUGUGGGGAAAAGCAGAGAAAAGCUCUAUGACAUACUAACCCAGCAACACGGACAAUCAACAAACCAAUAGAUAACGACAACUUGUGACGAUAAAUGGCUCAGAAUAGCGUGGCCAGUCCGCCAAUGUCACCGCUAUCACCACAAUCACCGGCUGGACCGUCGCCGUCCACCAGCGGGGCGACCCUGUCGCCGAACCAGCUGAAAUUGCAGGCGCUGCGCCAGAGGAAGGCAGAUCUGGAGAAGAAACUGUCAGAGAGGAAUAGCCAAUUGCAGGAGAUUUGCCGCAAAGAGGCUCAACUGAUUGGGAUCUAUCCAGUGGCUAUUGAUGGCCAGCAGACAUCCGCCACACUGCCGAGGAAGAUCGGCACGAGCUUUAAAUUGUCAGAGAUUCUGAUCAACAACAAGGAGGAUGACGUGAACAAUCUGCUGCUGCAGAAGCAACUACAGCAGCAGAUCUGCAAGGCAUCGCAGAAGCUAAUGAGUGACACGAGUCAGCCGAAGUCCGUGCGACGCACACACAAGAGCAACUACGAGGCGGCGCAUCAGAAGCUACUGGCGAUCAAUCACACGCUGGCAGUGAUCAAGAGACGACAGUAUCAACAGCAUGCGGAAGAGAGUCCGGCGAUGAGGAGGAACAGCGUGGGCAGUGCGAACACACGCUCGAAGACGGCCAGCAUCAAUUCGGACAGCUCGGGCAAUAUCAAUGGCAGCGAAGGGGCUCUAAAUGAGGCCUCUGUCUAUCACCAUCUCCAUCACUCGCCCACGAAGAGCGUGGCGUCCUUCCCGGGCGCCGGCGUUGGCCUGCAUGGCAAUCGGAAGCACAGCAAUACAGCCCAGUUUUAUCCCACUUUCCAAGGCCUCGUGACGCCAGUGGAUCCUCAUGAUUUUUACUACAACAAUCACCACAUUAAGCACCGAUCGGCGAUUCUGCUGCAGCAACAGCAGCAGCAGCAGCAGAAUUUGCACUUGCUCUAUCCGGAGGAGCCGCAGAUCUUCCUCCAGCCGCCAGAUUUGUUCUGUGACCAAUACGUCGAGCCCGUGCGGCCGCCGACUUCAUAUCAACACCACAUGAUGCCACAGCCGGACUUCGAAAGCGUCAUGGGUGCGACUGGCUUGGGAGGAUACUGGGCAAUAAAUGAGAACAACGAGAAAGUGUGGUGUUCCAUGGAGAGAUUUUCGAGUCUGGACAGGAAUAAGCAGCAGAACCGCAUGGCGAAAAUCACACACAACGUCACGCCCACAAAGUCCACGAGUUUGGGCAACUUUGACUUCCUCACCAAGCACGAUGGCGACAAUAUGUCACUGUCGUCGCUGAAUAGUGAGAAGAAGCAGCAAUUGCGUGAGAAGGUGUGGUGUGAAACAUCUCUGGACAGUGUUGUGCUGAAGCCCAAGGCGCACACACGUCCAGUGCCACCGAUUCCAGUGGAGGAGCGUUCAAAGGAGAACAUUUAUCAGAAUCACAGUGAAAUCGCGGCCGCGCUGGAACGCUCACUCAGUCAGGCGCCCUUCGAUCAUCGCCCACCGCCUCUGCCGCCCACAUCCUCCACGUUGGCCAGGACGGGUGUCCAGCGAACGGGCUCCAGUCUGUCCAGCAAGGCGGCGGAGAUACGCAUUGAGUCGCCGAAGAAUGUGACGGUGGUGCAGCAAGCCAAAUUCAUGCCAUACAAGGAGGUGACGAAGCCCUUUGAGAUGUCUGAUUUCUACAAAUAUUCCACGAAGUUCCGCCAGAAAGUCAUGCUGGGCGAAGUGAAUGCUGUCGCUGAGCCAAGUGGCAGCGCCACAGACGCCCAGGGCAUCCAGAAGAGCGUCUAUCAGCCACCAAAUCCAUCCAUCUGCCACCCAAUCAGCUAUCAGUGAGCGCGUAAGACUUUUUUUUUCACUUCACUUCUCUCUGUUCGUCAUGUUGACUAAUGCCUCAGAAAAAAGGGGACUUUUUUUUCAUUAGAAUGUUAGCGCCUUUUGUACGUCUUUGGACUAUUUUUAGACACACUUUUGAGUAAUA